UUCUUCUUAAAAAUCGUUAUCAUGCGUAUUGGAUUUUAAACAUGUGUGACAAGUAUUCAUAAAUGAAAGUUCGUCAGAAGAAAUAUAUAUUUCGUGAUAAAUAUAAAAUGCAAUGAAAUAUAUUACGAUUGAUAGUUUUGGAAUAUUAAAUGUCGCUUUUAAUAUUUUAUCUUAUUUCAAUAUAUUCCUAAUAUAAGCGUUCAUUGCAUUUUGAGAUUAUGAGUUACGAUUUUAACCUUUAAUGACGGACAUACAACUAUAGUUGUAGGUAACACAAGAAAUAUCAAAAUGCAGACGAUAAAAUGCGUUGUAGUUGGAGAUGGAGCUGUGGGUAAAACUUGUCUUUUGAUUUCAUAUACAACCAAUAAGUUUCCAUCCGAAUAUGUACCUACAGUUUUUGACAAUUAUGCAGUAACAGUAAUGAUCGGUGGAGAUCCAUAUACAUUGGGAUUAUUCGAUACUGCUGGUCAGGAGGAUUACGACAGACUUAGACCUUUAAGUUAUCCCCAAACGGAUGUAUUUCUUGUUUGUUUUUCAGUUGUUUCCCCAUCAUCUUUUGAAAAUGUUAAAGAAAAGUGGGUACCCGAAAUAACACAUCAUUGUCCAAGGACGCCGUUUUUAUUGGUUGGUACUCAAAUCGAUUUGAGAGAUGAUGUUGCCACUAUCGAAAAAUUGGCAAAGAAUAAACAAAAGCCAAUAUCCGCGGAGCAAGGGGAAAAGCUUGCCAAAGAAUUAAAAGCAGUGAAAUACGUAGAAUGUAGUGCUCUUACGCAGAAAGGUUUGAAAAAUGUGUUUGAUGAAGCUAUUUUAGCCGCCUUAGAACCUCCAGAGCCAGUAAAGAAGAGAAAGUGUACGCUUUUGUAAGAAAGAAACAUCAAUGAAAAUGGAUUGAUAUUCGGAAAGAAAACAAAGAUACAUGUAAUAACGAGAAGCGGCAAAUUUCAUGCAUAGUAUAUUAAAGCAAUUUGUUAGAAAUUCGGAAACUGUGCGUAAUACCGUUUCUUUUACCGGGAAAGAUAUAUUAAAAUCGAUUAAUAGCCGCCAAUAUAAUACAACGCGACAAUUUGAAACGAACUUUUAAUUAUCGUAUUAUAAUCGUGUCGAUCACAUUCCAUAUAACGUGAAAUUUCGAUUAAAAGUUUUCUCAAUCUCGAUGAAAUUUUUCAAUUUUAUAAUAUCAAAUAUAUAGUCGUAAUAAAUAUUGCACGAAUAUUUUCCAUAUUAUCUUUGAGAAAGAUAUUAAGAUUUAAUUUUACCAAAAAGAAUAAUAUUUUAAAAUCUAUUAAAACAAUUGGUGCUAUCGAUUAAUAGUAUUUUUUGCGUUUUUGGGUUGCGUUCAAACGUUACAUACAAUUAUACAUCUAAUCAUUUUUUUGGAUAUAUAUAAAAGAUAAAAAGUUUGAAAAAGAAAAGAAAUCAAAAAAUAUUAAUUUUUAAUCGAAUCGAAUGAAACAACGCGUUCAUGUACCGGGAUCAACGAAAUCAAAUAGGAGAUAUAGGCAUCGUAAAAAUGAACGACAGUGUUAUUUUUUUCUUUGAAUUACGAAUAUUACGGAUAUUUCGAGGCAUGAAUUGUUGAUAGAUUUUUCGAGAUUCUAUGGCAGCUAUGAUAAAUGAUUUUUAUAAGAACGUAUUUUUUUUUGUGACAAAUACUGAUACUAUAUUCGCGUCUAAUUUUGUACAUAUCAGCAUUUGUUACAAAUGCACACUGAUAUGACGUAAUAAAUAUCGGUAGAUGAUAAGAAGAAGGGAAGAGAGACGAUAAUAAUAACAAGACAUUUAUAUUUUAUAAGAUUUCAAUUAACGAAUAGUAAUGUCGUAUUAUAUAUAAUUAAAUUUUCGACGAAAAUACACGCGAUUAAAUAGAUGAUAGCGACAGUUGGUCGAAACGAGCGUCGAGCUCGUUUCUCCAACAAUUGCAUGUUUACGUAUUAUUUAUUUCAACGAAUAUUGUAUUAUUUGAUAAGCAAAAUAUCAAUACUUAGUGUUUUUCUAUUAACUUUUUACGAUAUGCGAACUGGAUACAUGUGGCGAGAAUUGGAAAAAUACAAGUGAAUUUUGCGCGAGCGCAAAGUAAACAUUCGAAGAGCUUGCGUACGAAAUGUACGAAACAACGAACAUUCGAGCAUUAUAAAAAGCAUCAUCGAUCGAUUUUUAUAUUCCGUAUCCAGUGAAGAGGUGGCAUUUAUUAGCAUUAUACGUGUCACGAUAUGUAGACACAAUCGCAUUAUGAAAUAUUCAUAUAAAUAUAUUUAUACUAUGCAUAAGAAA